UUAGAAAGAACAAAAGCUCUUUUAGAUAUAUGUUCAUAUAUUUUUUGCUCUUAUUAAUACUAUUCUGUUUCUUUCAUUUUAAUAACGAUGGAUAAGAAUACAGUCGAUCCAACCAAGUCGAUUCCGUCAUUUUACGCUGGACAAAGUAUAUUUUUAACAGGCGCAACAGGAUUUAUAGGCAAAGUGUACAUCGAGAAGAUAUUAAGAUCUUGCCCGGAUGUUCGAGAAAUAUUUAUAUUAAUGCGCCCGAAAAAAGGCAUAAACAUUAACGAAAGACUUGAGAAAAUGUUAAGUUUACCAUUGUUUGAUAAAUUACGAGAGAAGCAGUCUUUAAAUUUUAAGAAAUUAAUUCCAGUUCUUGGUGACAUCAGUCAAGAAAAUUUCAAUUUAUCUGUUGCCGAUAGACAAAUGCUGAUUGAACGAGUAACUAUAAUAAUUCAUAAUGCAGCAAGUGUGAAAUUUAAUGACAGCUUAAAAUAUGCUAUCUUUACCAAUACCAGAUCAACGAGAGAUAUAUGUAUUUUAGCCGAAAAUAUAAAGAAUUUAAUAGCUCUAGUAUAUGUUGGCACAGCAUAUGUACAUUUGGAUAAUCCGUUUAUAGAAGAAAAAGUGUAUCCACCUAUAGCUGAUUGGCGGAAAAUGAUCAAAGUGGCCGAAAUAUUGGAUGAACAUAACCUCAGUAUCUUUACAGCUAAAUGUUUGGAUUAUAUUCCUAAUACUUAUCUAUUCUCGAAAAACUUAGCGGAAAGUGUAAUACAUGAAUAUUCUUCAUCAUUGCCGUGUGCGAUUGUGAGACCAUCCAUAGUAACAAAUUCGUUGAAAGAUCCAAUCCCAGGAUGGAUAGAUAACUUUAAUGGACCAAUGGGACUAUGUGCAUUUGGUGGAAAAGGAUUAUUUCGAGUAGCAUAUGGUAGUAACUGUACUUCACAAAAUGACAUGCCAAUAGACAUUGUUAUCAACACUAUAAUUCUUGUAACUUGGAAGCUUGGAUUAACAACUUUUACACCAAAGUCUACAUUUUUGGUCAUAAACUGUACUUUUCCUGAAAAAAGUACAUCAUUUCAAGUCGAAACAAAUAUUAUACUAAAAUUAUUAAAAAAGAUACCUUUAGAAGGAACUGUCUGGACCCCUCGUGUUGUAUUUACUAAGAGUUUAAUUAUAUAUUAUGUGUUGACAAUGUUGUUGCAAAUUUUACCAGCUAUAAUAUUAGAUUUAAUUUUAAAAUUUUCGGGACAUCAAUCUGUGUAA